UAUAUAUGGAUUAAUCACCAACUCAAAAAAUCUAAUUACCAAAAUCUAAUUAAUACAAACGUUAAUCUACAAUUGAAUAUCCUAUUGUGUAUCAUUUAUUAAGCACUUACAUGUUUACUGUAUAGUAGAAUACCAAACUUAGUAUAAUCAAUUAUUGAUAUAGACAAAAAUGAAAAAUAGAUUAGAUUGAUUGAAAUGGGCAAGAAAUUAGGAUAAAAUGUAAUGGAAUCAUUAGCAUCAACAUAAUUUGAAAAAAUCCGUUUAAAUCCAGACCAAGGAAAAUAUACAGAAUAUGUAAAAUUCUUUGGUAAAGACUUUUGGUCAUAUAUGUUUGGAUAACCAGUAUCUAAAGUAUAAAUAAAUAAAUCUGGAUCUCAUUAUGAUAUUGAAGAUAAAUAUGAAGAAUAGAAGAAAGGAAAUAAUACAAUUACAAAACUUGGAUUUCAAAUGACUAGAAGAAUUAGAUUAAAUGAUAAAAUGUAAAAUAUUAUUCAAUUUAGUUAAUAAGAUGAAUAUUUAACACUUUGGGCAAGUUUAAUAUAAGGUUUAGUAAUAGGAGGAAUGAAAGCUCUUACAAUUGAUUGUGAUUCUGAAGUUGAGUUCAUAAAUAAUGAAGUAAUUUCACAAUAUAAUAUUACUUAGCCAAGUGAUUUAAGAUUUACAAUACAAAUAAGAGAUUUUCUUAGUAGUAGGAGUAAUUUCUUGAUUUGAUUAUUAUUUAAUAAAUAAUAUUGUGG